AUGUCCCGCUCCUACGACCUCGUGGUGAUUGGCGCCGGAUCUGGAGGUCUGGAGGCGGGAUGGAACGCGGCUGUCACGCACAAGAAGAAGGUGGCCGUCGUCGAUUUGCAGGCGGAGCACGGUCCGCCGCUCUUCGCCGCGCUCGGCGGCACGUGCGUGAACGUCGGCUGCGUCCCUAAGAAACUCAUGGUGACAGGUGCGCAAUACAUGGACACGCUCCGUGAGUCUGGCGGCUUCGGAUGGGAGAUGACCCGCGAAUCACUUUGCUCCAACUGGAAGACGCUCAUCGCCGCGAAGAACAAGGUGGUGAGCGGCAUCAACGAGAGCUACAAGAAAAUGUUCGCUGAAACGGAGGGCCUCAGCUUUCACAUGGGCUUCGGCGCCCUUCAGGACGCGCACACGGUGGUGGUGCGCGAGUCUGAAGACCAAAACAGCGACGUGCUUGAGACACUCGACACGGAGUACAUCCUCAUCGCCACCGGCUCCUGGCCGACACGCCUCGGAAUCCCCGGCGACGAGCUCUGCAUCACGAGCAAUGAGGCCUUCUACCUCGAAGAUGCCCCCAAGCGUACACUGUGCGUCGGCGGCGGCUACAUCGCCGUGGAGUUUGCCGGCAUCUUUAACGGCUACAAGCCCCGCGGCGGUAUCGUGGACUUGUGCUACCGCGGCGAUGUUAUUCUACGCGGCUUCGACUUGGAGCUGCGCAAGAGCCUGACGAAGCAGCUGGAGGCGAACGGAAUACAAGUACGCACCAAGCUGAGCCCGACGAAGAUCACGAAGAAUGAGGACGGCUCGAAGCACGUUCACUUCAACGAUGGCACGGAGGCGGACUACGAUCAGGUCAUGCUCGCGAUUGGCCGCGUGCCGCGCUCGCAGGCGCUGCAGCUCGAUAAGGCCGGCGUCAAAACAGGAAAGAACGACGCCGUGCUGGUCGACGCGUACUCGAAAACAUCGAUGGACAACAUCUACGCCAUCGGGGACGUGACGAGCCGCGUGAUGUUGACGCCGGUGGCCAUCAACGAAGGCGCCGCCUUCGUCGAAACCGUCUUCGCCGGCAAGCCCCGCGCCACCGACCACACGAAGGUCGCGUGCGCCGUCUUCUCAAUACCGCCGAUCGGCACGUGCGGUCUGACGGAGGAGGAGGCGGCAAAGAUCUACGAGAUCGUCGCCGUCUACGAGAGCUCUUUCACGCCCCUCAUGCACAACAUCAGUGGCAGCAAGUACAAGGAGUUUAUGGUCCGCAUCAUCACGAACGAAUCGGACGGCGAGGUGCUGGGCGUUCACAUGCUCGGCGAGAGUGCGCCUGAAAUCAUUCAGAGCGUCGGUAUUUGCAUGAAGAUGGGCGCCAAGAUCAGCGACUUCCACAACACCAUCGGCGUUCACCCGACGAGCGCCGAGGAGCUCUGCUCCAUGCGCACUCCGGCGUACUUUUACGAGAAUGGCAAGCGCGUCGAAAAGCUCAGCAGCAACCUCUGA